CUAGAGCCUCGCUUAGAAUUCAAUAUACAUUAAUGGAGUUCCCCUCUCCGUCAGAUGAGUGUCUUUUAAGCCUCAAUUCGAUUCCGGGUUUCUGGUUUCCAUCCCAAAAUCUGAAAUUGGAUGACCUUGAUGUGAAAAGGCAGCCUUUCCAGUUGUCGGCUGUGGAACAUCAGACGAACAAGCCACAAACCGCCGAGCGCACAACAGAUUGCGCUAAUCGCCCAAUCGCUGAACCAUCAAAGCCUAAUUAUAACGCCCUGACGCACUGUGACUUGCGCGACCGCGACGCCAUCGCACCGCUGAUCGACAUUCCGCGGGAGGGGCCGCCGAUCGGGCCGACGCCGACGGGAAAAUGGCGCUCCUCCGGCAGACAUGGACAUUGACGUUGAAGAAUUGGCUGAUAGUGCUUGUCCGGCAUAGCUUUGCAACCGUGUUUCGUGCAUUUGUGCUCCCUAUUGUCAUCAUCGCCUUCCUCGCCUUCGCCCGGAAUCUGUUCCAGCCCGCCGCAGUCUUUGGGGUUAGCUCUCCGCACGCCAUACCUUCGCUUCCGGAAGCCCUUGCGAGCUCGAGCGGGAGCGGUCGGGAACACGUCGUGUUCGUGCACAAUGGCUUCACCGGCGGCGAGAUUGGGCGCGUCAUUGACGAGCUCGUGACCACGGUGAGGGAUUCGGGCAAGAACGCAACCAUUUUAUCCUCCGAGAGCGAUCUGGCCUAUGUCUGCCAGGCAAGUCUUCGAGGUGUUACUCCUUGCUUUGCUGCCGUCGUCUUCAGUGGCUCCCCAAGCGAGGGGGGUGGUGGUUUCUGGAACUACACCAUUCGAGUCGAUCCCUCGCUUGGUGCCGGGCGCAUCAAUGUCGAUCGCGACGACAAUGAUUCGCAGGUCUACCUGCUACCUCUACAGCAUGCUCUGAUCAAGGCCAUAUCCCGUACCAACAACGGGACCAACGGCGCUAUGGCCCUUCCCAAUGCCAUCGACAACUACCCUUUCACCUCUCUUACCCGUGAGGAGCGUGCCGACCAGAUCCGUGUCAACUUCCAGAGUGUCCUGAUCAACGUUUUUGCCGUCACCUUCCUCCUCGGUCUUAUUGGCAUUGUCUACCACAUGGCGGGCUUCAUUGCAACUGAGAGGGAGACCGGCAUGUCUCAGCUGAUAGAAGCCAUGAUGGCCACGAAGGGCCACUGGCAGCCCCAAGCCGCUCGGCUCUUGUCGUACCACCUUUCGUUCUCGAUUGUGUAUUUGCCGGGCUGGGUCAUCUCCUCUAUAAUCCUAGCGAGAGGCGUUUAUGCCAAGACGAACGUUGCGGUCGUCUUGCUCUACUUCAUACUUGCCGGAUUGGCCCUUGGCUCCAUGACGAUCCUAGGCGCCGCUUUCUUCAGGAGAUCCCAACUUAGCGGCGUUUCUAUUACGAUUCUCUACAUUCUUUUGGCGGUCAUCGCUCAGUCGGUCAAUUCGCCCAACACUGGAACAGUCAUCGUUCUGAGCCUUCUAUUCACGCCUUGCAACUUUACAUAUUUCAUGACACUGCUUUCUCGCUGGGAGAGGGAGCAGUGGCCUACUGACCUUGUGGCGGAGCCACCCAACAGUCCGUGGAAUGUUCCUGGCGUCGUUUUCUUCGUGUUUCUCGCCGGCCAGAUACUCGUUUACCCGAUCCUCGGAGCCCUGGUUGAGAGGUGGCUGCACGGUUCGACUUCCGGUGGCCGCCACAUUGUUGUUGGUGAGAAGCGAGGGGAGCAUCUCGAUCCUGACUGCGCCGUCCAGCUGGACUCUUUUACAAAGAUCUACAAACCCGGCAUUGUCCGCCGCAUGUUUUCAUUCAUCUCGAAGCCAACAACUGUGGUAGCCGUCAACAACCUCACCCUGUCUGCUAGCCGUGGCCAGAUCCUCGCCCUGCUGGGCGCCAACGGCAGCGGGAAAAGUACAACUCUUGACACAAUCGCAGGGAUCAACACAGCUACGAGCGGCAAAAUUACGAUAGACGGCACGGGAGGUCUUGGCAUAGCACCGCAGAAGAACGUGCUUUGGGACGAGCUGACGGUUGAAGAGCACAUUCGCAUCUUCAACAGGCUCAAGUCGCCUGGCAACCACGCCACCAAGGAUGAGAUCCACCAGCUUGUCUUGUCUGUCGAUCUCGAGAAGAAGAUCAAGGCCAAGUCUGGCACACUCUCGGGCGGCCAGAAGCGGAAGCUGCAGCUAGGUAUGAUGCUGACAGGUGGCAGCCAGGUCUGCUGCUGUGACGAGGUCUCUUCAGGUAUCGACCCCCUGAGCCGGAGAAAGAUCUGGGAUAUUCUGCUGGCCGAGCGUGGGCGGCGCACCAUCAUCCUGACAACCCACUUCCUCGACGAGGCGGAUGCUUUGGCCGAUUACAUCGCAGUCCUCUCCAAGGGCAGUCUUCGUGCCAAGGGUACCUCUGUCGAGCUCAAAAACCGGCUAGGCGGUGGUUACAGGAUCCACGUCAACAAUGUCAAGAUGAUCCCUUUUCUUCCCGAGAUUGCCGGCGUUACUAAGAAGGCUACCCAAGAAGAGGCUGCGUACAUUGCUUCUACGUCAAGCCUGGCAGCAAUGAUGAUCAAGGAGCUUGAGGCCGCUGGCAUCACGGACUAUCGGUUCUCUGGGCCCACCAUUGAGGAUGUGUUUUUGCAGCUCGCCGAGGAGAUCAAGGACGAUGAUGGCGCUGAAGUUGACCAGCAUGGUGUUCUCAGCUCAACCGAAGAGGAGAAAUCGGCCACCAACGUUCCCGGCGCCAAAGGAACUGAGAAGGGCGGCCUCAAACUUCUCUCUGGGCGGCAUGUGGGCUUCUUUGAGCUUUGCUGGGUGCUCUUCAGGAAGCGGUGCGUUAUCUUCAAAAGUAACUGGUUCCCUUCUGUCGCCGCUUUCGUACUUCCAGUUGUCGCAGCUGGUUUAGUCACAUUGUUUGUCAAAGACCAGCAGCUGGCUGGGUGCAGCCCAACCGAGACCUCUUCGCUCGAGGCAGCCGGCAACAUUUUCGAAGACCUCAAGUUUUUCGUCGUCGGCGGCCCCUCGAACAAGUUGUCUCAAACGACGCUGGCUCGCUUGUUUGCACCCAUCUACCUCAAUUCCGUGAACACCGGCAGCGGGAGCGUCAACCCAGCUGAUGGCGCCUCUUCUGGGGCCGCCAGCACCGCGGCCGACCUGCUCCGGAAUCUGACGAUUGUCAAUUCUUUUGAAGAGUUUUCCAACUCCAUCGUGCAGUACCGCAAGAAUAUUACCCCCGCUGGUAUUUGGCUCGGCGAUGACGGAUCUCGCCCCACGCUCGUCUACAGAGGCAACGGCGCUGAAAUGUUCAACGCUUAUUUUGGCCAGUGGGUCAUGGAUAUGCUUCUUACCAACACGACCCUCUUCUCUACCUACGGCGUCCUUGACAGGCCAUUCACCCCUGGCACCGGCAACUCGCUUCAGUUGCUUGUUUAUGUCAGCCUUUCCCUAGUUGCCUACCCCGCCUUCUUCGCGCUGUACCCGAAUCUGGAAAGAAGACACAAUGUCAGGAGCCUGCAAUAUGUAACGGGCGUCCGUCCGGUACCGCUAUGGCUGGCCUACACACUCUUCGAUUUUGCCAUUGUGCUAGCAGGGGCCGCGAUAUCCGUCGGUCUCCUUGCUGGGCUGGCGCCUGACCUAUGGUACCACGUCAGCUACCUCUUCUUGAUCUUCAUCUUAUAUGGGAUUGCCUCGACAGUUCUUGCCUACAACGUCUCCCUUUUCAGCGCCAAUCAGCUGUCAGCGUACGCGUUUACGGCGGCCGGUCAAGUCAUCAUCCUGCUUCUCUAUAUAAUCGCCUUCAUUUGCGUCCUCGCCUAUGCUCCUGUCCCUAGCAUCGAUCGUAUUCUUCUGAUCAUUACCUUUGUCAUGUCCGCGCUGGCCCCCAUAGUCCCCGCCGCCCGCGCUCUUUUUGUCGCUCUGAAUCUCUUCGCGACCUCGUGUGACGGCGACCAGCUCGGGUCGGACCCAAGCGCAUUGGUCCGGUACGGUGGCCCAAUCCUAUAUCUCAUCAUACAGAUCAUUGUCUACUUUCUCGUUUUGGUCUGGGUCGACGGCGGGAGUGCAGGCUUCUCACUCGGUCGCAUUUUCACUCGCUCCUCUCCCGCGAAACACCCUGGUGAUCCCGCUUCGGCCGAAGAGGAACAAGGAGAUGAAGAAGUCGCCAACGAGCUCGUCCGGGUCAAAAGCUCGGCCAGCGGGGCCCGUGACGGGCGCUCUCCGAACUCGGCAGACGGCCUGCGCGUCGUAAACUUGAUCAAAUCCUUCGGCUCCAACACGGCGGUCGACAAUGUCACCUUCGGCAUCCGGCACGGCGAGGUUUUCGCCCUGCUGGGCCCCAACGGCGCGGGCAAGUCCACGACCAUCAGCGUGAUCCGCGGGGACCUGAAGCCCUCCGGCGGCGACGUUUUCGUAGAGGACGUUUCGGUUGCCCGGCAUUUGGCCGCCGCGCGCUCGCAUCUCGGCGUUUGCCCGCAAUUCGACGCCCUGGAUCAAAUGACGGUCGAAGAGCAUUUAGCCUUCUACGCGCGAGCACGUGGUGUCUCGGACGUGAAACACAACGUUGACGAAGUCCUUGUAGGGGUAGGGCUGAGCAGUUUCCGUUCCCGCUAUGCCCACGCACUUUCCGGGGGGAACAAGCGCAAGUUGUCACUGGGCAUUGCGCUGAUGGGCAACCCGUCCGUGGUUCUGCUCGAUGAGCCUUCUUCGGGUCUCGAUGCCGCCGGGAAACGCCGCAUGUGGCGCACCCUCGCCACCACCGCGCCGGGCCGGAGCAUCCUCCUCACGACGCACAGCAUGGAGGAGGCCGACGCCCUGGCCGGCAGAGCCGGCAUCCUCGCCAAGCGCAUGCUCGCUAUGGGCAGCGUCGACCAGCUCCGUCGGAGGUUCGGCGACCGCCUCUAUGUCCACCUCGUCUGUAGGGGCGCUCCUCGGACGAGCGAGCAGGACGUGCAACGCGUGGUGGAAUGGGUCCGUAGGGUGUUUGGCGGAUCGGCUGACGUCGAGGAGAAGACGUACCACGGCCAGCUGCGCUUCAGCAUCCCGGCCAGUCUGGUCCUGGGUGGUGGUGGUGAGGGUCAGAAGCAAAUUGAGGAUGAGGAUGAAGAUGAGAUUACCACGACGUCCAGCUUGGCCGGGGUUGGAGGCGGGAAAGGAUCGCCGCCGCCCUCGUCCUCCUCGGCGAUCGGCAGGUUGGUGGUGCUCCUUGAGGAGAAUAGAGCCGCGCUCGGGGUCGAGCAUUUCAGCGUCAGUCCCACCACGCUGGACCAGGUCUUCCUCACUGUUGUCGGGCAGCAUAAUAUUAAGGAGGAAGGUUACGAGAACAAGGAGAAGAAGAAGAAGUGGUGGCGGUUUGGGAGGUGACCGCCUAUUUUGAGGCGAGCGGUUCGGGAGGGUAUUUUGCGGAAUAUUUAUACAUGUUGAGCGACAGCCGUGACCGGCAAAUUUCUUUGCUGAUUUUUCUUGCUGUGCGAAACGCAUAUUGUACUGUACCUCAAUCUGGUGUAUAGACACGAGGAGGCUGGGUCUAGAGGUAUAUAUAUAGAGAGAGAGAAGAUUUGCUGUGCUGGGGCAGCAAGAGAGAUUAGAGCACAAGAUGGGUUAGAGGGUGGCCUGGUCGUUUUCUGUGUUGAUUCUACUACAUAUAUACCUCAGAGGCGAAGAUGAUAAAUGGACGUUUCUCCUACUGCGUGUAUAAUACAAAGGACCGGUAGUAGUUGGUCGCUGAUCUCGUCCUCGAGCUUGUGCUCAGUGAAGGUGGCGUCAAUGGUCUUGAUCGAGUGGCUGGGGCUUA